AGCGAGGAGCGAGCCCGUGAGGGAGCGAGCGAGAGGGCUCUUGGCCUGCCGCUCCACUGCUGAGCAGUAUGCAGUCCUUUCGGGAGCAAAGCAGUUACCACGGAAACCAGCAGAGCUACCCCCAGGAGGUGCACGCUUCAUCCCGGCUAGAAGAGUUCAGCCCCCGGCAGCAAGCCCAGAUGUUCCAGAACUUUGCAGGGGGAGGAGGAGGAGGUGGGGGCGGCAGCAGUGGGGGUGGCAGCGGAGGCGGCGGGCGACGUGGAGCGGCGGCGGCGGCAGCGAUGGCUGGUGAGGGCUCUGGCCAUCAGAGCUAUCAGGGCUUCAGGAAAGAAGCUGGGGAAUUUUACUAUAUGGCUGCCAACAAAGACCCUGUGACCUCAGGCAACCAGCAGCCCCCACAGCGCAGGCCCUCGGGGCCAGUGCAGAGCUACGGACCACCGCAAGGAAGCAGUUUCGGGAGCCAGUACGGGGGCGAGGGCCACGUCAGCCAGUUUCAGGCUCAGCACUCGGCCCUUGGAGGGGUGUCUCAUUAUCAGCAGGACUAUAGCGGCCCCUUUUCUCCAGGGAGCACCCAGUACCAGCAGCAGGCCUCUAGCCAGCAGCAGCAGCAGGUACAGCAGCUCAGGCAGCAGCUCUACCAGUCUCAUCAGCCCCUGCCCCAGGCUGCGGGCCAGCCAGCCUCCAGCUCCUCCCACCUUCAGCCCAUGCAGCGGCCAUCCGCCCUGCCCUCCUCUGGCGCUGGCUACCAGCUCCGGGUGGGCCAGUUUGGCCAGCACUACCAGGCCUCUGCAGCUGCCUCCUCCUCCUCUUUCCCCUCCCCUCAGCGCUUUAGCCAGUCUGGACAGAACUAUGACAGCAGCUACAGCGUGAAUGCCGGCUCCCAGUACGAAGGGCAUGCCGUGGGCUCCGGGGCCCAGGCUUAUGGAACGCAAUCGAACUAUAAUUACCAGGCUCCCUCUAUGAAAAACUUUGAGCAGUCAAAGCUCCCCCAGGGAGGCCAGCAGCAGCACCCUGCACCCCAACAUGCGAUGCCCUACGGAAACACGGCCCCCAAACUCUCCAUGCAGAGCCAGGUGGGCCAGUACAACCAGCCCGAAGUUCCAGUGCGGUCACCCAUGCAGUUCCACCAGAAUUUCAGCCCUAUCUCCAACCCGUCCCCUGCUGCCUCCGUGGUUCAGUCUCCGAGCUGCAGCUCCACUCCUUCUCCCCUCAUGCAGAGUGGUGAGAACCUCCAGUGCGGGCAGGCCAAUAUGACAAUGGGCUCCAGAAACCGAAUUCUGCAAAUGAUGCCUCAGCUUAGCCCCACUCCCUCCAUGAUGCCCAGUCCUAACUCUCACACUGCAGGCUUCAAAGGCUUUGGGGUGGAAGGGAUGCCUGAGAAACGGCUCACAGACCCCGGGCUGAGCAGUCUGAGUGCCCUGAGCACCCAGGUGGCCAACCUGCCCAAUACGGUUCAGCACAUGCUGCUUUCUGAUGCCCUGGCCCCUCAGAAGAAGAACUCAAAGAGGUCUUCAUCGUCUUCCAAGAAAGCCGACAGCUGCACCAACUCAGAAGGCUCUUCUCAGCCUGAGGAGCAGCUGAAGUCCCCAAUGGCUGAAUCGCUGGACGGAGGCUGCUCCAGUAGUUCAGAGGAUCCUGGGGAGAGGGUGAGGCAGCUGAGUGGUCAGAGCACAAGCUCAGAUACAACCUACAAGGGCGGCCCCUCAGAAAAAGCCAACCCUUCACCUCCACAAGCCUCCCAGAACGAUCCCCCUAAACUCAGUGCCAGUCCCACAGUGAGGGAUGACACCACCUCACCAGAUGAUAAAGAAACUUUGUUAUCAACAGAUGCCAACCCAAAAGUAAAUGAGAAGGCAAUAGGGGUGAUUGUCUCCCGGGAAGCUAUGUCGGGUAGAGGAGAAAAGACAGGUGGCCAGGAGAAAGGCUCCCAGGAUGAAGAUCCUGCCAUUACCCAAGCACCGCCAAGUACCAGUGGGACAAAGGACACUGGCCACGGCCCACUGCCCCAGCCAGAGUCCCAAGGAGGGAACAAAGGCACCAAGAGCGCAGAUGGCAGCACCAACCACAAUGGAGAAGGAAAUGGCCAGACGGGCCAUUCUUUGGGCUCGGGGUUCACCAACAGAACAGAACCUAGCAAGUCUCCUGGAAGCCUGCGGUAUAGUUACAAAGACAGCUUAGGGUCUGCCAUGCAGAGAAAUGCUGGCAGCUUUCCUCAGUAUCCUUCAGGACAAGACAAAGGGGAUUUCACUGGACAUGGGGAACGAAAGGGUCGAAAUGAGAAAUUUCCCAGCCUCCUGCAAGAAGUCCUUCAGGGAUACCACCACCAUCCUGAUAGGAGGUAUUCCAGGAAUGCCCAGGACCAUCAGGGAAUGGCUGGAGGCCUUGAAGGAGCCAUGAGGCCCAAUGUCUUGAUCAGCCAGACAAAUGAAUUAGCUAGCAGAGGCCUCCUAAAUAAAAGCAUAGGGUCUCUCCUGGAGAACCCCCACUGGGGCCCUUGGGAGAGGAAAUCAAGCAGCUCCGCCCCUGAUAUGAAGCAGAUCAAUCUGGCCGAUUAUCCAAUCCCCAGAAAGUUUGAAAUGGAAUCCCAGUCAUCAGCCCAUGAGCCCGGGGGAGGCCUUUCAGAACGGAGGUCAGUGAUCUGUGAUAUAUCACCAUUACGGCAGCUGGUCCGGGACCCAGGGACUCACACCUUGGGACACAUGGGUGCUGAGGCCAGAAUGGGGAGGAAUGAACGUCUCAAUCCAAGUUUAAGCCAGUCAGUCAUUCUUCCAGGUGGUUUGGUGUCCAUGGAAACUAAACUGAAAUCUCAGAGUGGGCAGAUAAAAGAGGAAGAUUUUGAACAGUCCAAAUCCCAAGCCAGCCUCAACAGCAAGAAAUCUGGUGACCACUGCCAUCCUGCUGGCAUCAAGCACGAAUCCUACCGCAGCAAUGCUAGUCCAGGAGCCGUGGGCCAUGACUCUCUCUCGGAGUAUGGCUCCCAGCAGGACAGCAGGCCCACCCAGAUGAGGCGAGUGCCCGGCAGGAUGGGAGGCAGGGAGGGCAUGAGGGGCCGCUCGCCUUCUCAGUAUCAUGAUCUGGCAGAGAAACUGAAGAUGUCUCCUGGUCGCAGUCGAGGGCCUGGGGGAGAUCCCCAUCACAUUAACCCACAUAUGGCAUUCGAGAGGACCAACAGGAGCUCUUUGCAUGCUCCCUUUCCCCCAAACUCUGAAAGUCUGUCUUCUAGCUAUCACCCCAAUACCAGACCUCAUGCUUAUGGGGACCCUAACCCAGGCUUGAACUCUCAGCUCCAUUACAAAAGGCAGCUGUACCAGCAACAAGAGGACUACAAAGAUUGGAGUGGCAGCUCCACCCAGGGGGUGAUUGCUGCAGCUCAGCACAGACCAGAGGGACCACGGAAGAGCCCAAGGCAGCAGCAGUUUCUUGACAGAGUAAGGAGCCCUUUGAAAAAUGACAAAGAUGGCAUGAUGUAUGGCCCCCCCACUUCUUACCACGAUCCCGGGAAUCAGGAAUCCAGCCGAUGCCUCGUGGCAAAUGAUGGCAUUCCUUCUAACAAAGGCAUCGAUCUGAAACACAGCAGCCAGAAACUUCAGCAGGAAUCUUGUUGGGACCUCUCCCGACAGACCUCUCCAGCCAAGAGUAGUGGCCCCCCAGGACUAUCCAACCAAAAAAGGUAUGGUCCUCCCCAUGAGACAGACGGACACGGGCUAGCUGAGUCUGCACAGUCAUCCAAACCGGGUAAUGUGAUGCUGAGACUCCCAGGCCAAGAGGAUCAGUCACCCCAAAACCCUUUAAUCAUGCGGCGGCGAGUUCGCUCCUUCAUUUCUCCCAUCCCGAGUAAAAGGCAGUCUCAGGAUGUGAAGAACAGUAGCACCGACGAUAAAGGACGAUUGCUUCCGCCAUCGAAAGAGGGAACUGAUAAAGCAUUCAAUUCCUAUGCCCACAUGUCUCAUAACCAGGAUGUGAAAUCUCUUCCCAAAAGAGAGUCCUCCAAGGAUCUUCCGAGCCCCGACAACAGAAGCUGCCCAGCCGUUAGCCUCACAAGCCCAACCAAGACCAAAAUACUUCCACCCCGAAAGGGACGGGGGCUGAAACUGGAAGCUAUUGUUCAGAAGAUCACCUCCCCCAAUAUCAGGAGGAGUGCCCCCUCCAGCAGCACAGAAGCUGGAGGAGACGCAGUCACCCUAGAUGACAUCUUGGCCUUGAAGAGCGGCCCGCAAGAUGGCGGGAGCACCACCGGUCACGAAGCCGACGCAGAGAAAAGAAAAGGAGAAGUGGCAGUGUCUGACUCAGGCGGCCCAGUGAGCCAGGAUUUGAACAGUGAAGCCCCUCUCCCUCGCUCCUCUGAAGACUGGCGUAGUAGUGGGGAGGACAAAGUGAAGAAGGAGACCCUUCCAGAACCUGGAACUGCUGGGAAAGAUGCCCCUGGGGCCAUGGCCCCCCCAGCCUCACAGAAGUCCGUCGGUAGCCAAGGAAGGCCAGAUGGGUCUCUGGCGGGAAGCGGGCCUUUAAGCUUCCCUGACUCCCAAAGCGUCUCACCCGCCGGCAUCUCAGCUCCUGAACCAAAUACCAAGUCUGAAGAAAAAGAGGCAGAAACAGUAACUGUUUCACCCAAGCAAGAGUGUUUCCCUCCAAAAGGCUAUUUCCCAUCGGGAAAGAAAAAGGGGAGACCCAUUGGAAGUGUGAACAAACAAAAGAAGCAGCAGCCCCCACCCCCACCCCCACCACCAAUGCAGGCUACAGAGGGUUCUGGGGAUGGAGAACCCAAGCCCAAAAAGCAGAGGCAGAGGAGGGAGAGGAGGAAACCUGGGGCCCAGCCCAGAAAACGGAAAGCCAAGCAGGCUGUUCCCAUCGUGGAGCCCCAGGAACCAGAAAUUAAGUUAAAGUAUGCCACCCAGCCACUGGAUAAAACCGAUGCCAAGAAUAAAUCCUUUUUCCCUUACAUUCACGUAGUGAACAAGUGUGAGAUCGGGGCAGUUUGCACAAUCAUCAAUGCCGAGGAAGAGGAGCAGAGCAAGCUCGUGAAAGGGCGGAAGGGCCAGCGGUCACUGACCCCUCCGCCCAGCAGCACCGAGAGCAAGGCGCUUCCCUCGUCCUCCUUUGUUCUUCAGGGCCCCGUGGUGACUGAGUCCUCGGUCUUGGGGCACCUGGUCUGCUGCCUCUGUGGCAAGUGGGCCAGCUAUCGGAAUAUGGGCGACCUCUUCGGUCCCUUUUACCCUCAAGAUUAUGCAGCCACUCUCCCCAAGAAUCCGCCUCCCAAGAGAGCCACAGAAAUGCAGAACAAAGUGAAGGUACGGCACAAAAGCGCUUCCAAUGGUUGUUCCAAGACGGACACGGAGGAGGAAGAGGAGGAGGAGGAGGAGGAGGAAGAGCAGCAGCAGCCCCAGCAGCAGCAGCCAAAGGAGCAGAAAGAGCAGCGGAGCCUGGCCGCCCACCCCAGGUUUAAAAGGCGACACCGCUCUGAGGACUGCGGCAGCACCCCUCGCUCCCUUUCCCGGGGGCUCCCUUGUAAAAAGGCCACCACAGAGGGCAGCGGCGGUGGAGGCGGAGGCGGCGGUGAAAAGACUCCUUCGGACUGGAAGCCCGCGGGGCCCGCGCCGGAAGGCCCAGGCCCCGAGCCGGAGCUGCACAUUCCCGAGCUACCUCUUGACAGUAACGAACUCUGGGUCCACGAGGGCUGCGUGCUCUGGGCCAACGGCAUCUACCUGGUCUGUGGCAGGCUCUACGGGCUCCGGGAAGCCUUGGAGAUAGCCAGAGAAAUGAAAUGUUCCCACUGCCAGGAGCCAGGCGCCACCUUAGGCUGCUACAACAAAGGCUGCUCCUACCGGUACCAUUAUCCGUGUGCCAUCGAUGCAGAUUGUUUACUAAAUGAAGAGAACUUCUCAGUGAGGUGCCCCAAGCACAAGCCUCCCCUGCCCUGCUCUCUCCCCCCCUUGCAGAACAAGAUGGUGAAAGGCAGCCUCAGCACAGAGCAGUCGGAGCGGGGGUGAGGGGGGCACUGUGCCCGUGGGAAUGGAAAUUAAAGAAGCACAGGUUAGGCUGUUGAGAUAAGAAGGUGGUGGACGCUCGUGACGGAAUGGAAUCUGUCCCACUGUGCAGCCACGACCCACCCCCACCCCCACCCCCGAUGUGCCUGCCAAUGCCAGCACCCCCUUCAUCAAUUCGUACAUCCCACGUGACUGGUGACGCCACAGGAAAUGCCCAAGGAGUCCGAAUGGCUGUUUCCAUGGACGCAGUCUUCAUAGUGACAA